CCAGACCUCCUGGAGAAGUCGCGGGUCAUCUUCCAGCUGAAGGCCGAGCGGAACUACCACAUCUUCUACCAGAUCCUCUCCAACAAGAAGCCCGAGCUUCUGGACAUGAUGCUGGUGACCAACAACCCCUACGACUACGCCUUCAUCUCCCAAGGAGAGACCACGGUGCCGUCCAUCGACGACGGCGAGGAGCUGCUGGCCACGGACAACGCUUUCGACGUGCUGGGCUUCACCCCGGAGGAGAAGAGCUCCAUCUACAAGCUGACGGGCGCCAUCAUGCACUUCGGCAACAUGAAAUUCAAGCAGAAGCAACGGGAGGAGCAGGCGGAGCCGGACGGCACCGAAGAGGCGGACAAGUCGGCUUACCUAAUGGGGCUGAACUCGGCCGACCUCCUCAAGGGGCUGUGCCACCCCCGGGUGAAGGUGGGCAACGAGUACGUCACCAAGGGGCAGAACGUCCAGCAGGUGAUCUACGCCGUCGGGGCCCUGGCCAAGGCCGUCUAUGAGAAGAUGUUCAACUGGAUGGUGACCAGGAUCAACAACUCGCUGGAGACCAAGCAGCCUCGCCAAUAUUUCAUCGGCGUCCUGGACAUCGCCGGCUUCGAGAUCUUUGACUUCAACAGCUUCGAGCAGCUCUGCAUCAACUUCACCAACGAGAAGCUGCAGCAGUUCUUCAACCACCACAUGUUCGUGCUGGAGCAGGAGGAGUACAAGAAGGAGGGCAUCGAGUGGGAGUUCAUCGACUUCGGCAUGGACCUCCAGGCCUGCAUCGAUCUCAUUGAGAAGCCGAUGGGGAUCAUGUCCAUCUUGGAGGAGGAGUGCAUGUUCCCCAAGGCCACGGAUAUGACCUUCAAGGCCAAACUCUUCGACAACCACUUGGGCAAAUCGGCCAAUUUCGGGAAACCCCGCAACAUCAAGGGAAAGCCGGAAGCUCACUUCGCCCUCGUGCACUACGCGGGCACGGUGGACUACAACAUCAUCGGCUGGCUGCAGAAGAACAAGGAUCUCCUCCAGGAGAAUCUCAACAAGCUGAUGACCAACCUCCGCUCUACCCACCCCCAUUUCGUCCGCUGCAUCAUCCCCAACGAGACCAAGUCUCCUGGUGUGAUGGACAACCCCCUGGUGAUGCACCAGCUCCGCUGCAAUGGGGUGCUGGAGGGCAUCCGCAUCUGCCGCAAGGGUUUCCCCAACCGCAUCCUCUAUGGGGACUUCCGUCAGAGGUACCGCAUUCUGAACCCCACGGCCAUCCCCGAGGGGCAGUUCAUCGACAGCCGCAAGGGCGCCGAGAAACUCCUGGGGUCCCUCGAUAUCGAUCACAACCAGUACAAAUUUGGGCACACCAAGGUGAGGGCCGGCGGGUCUCAGUUCUCUGCGGUGCCACCAUCCACUUGUCCACCUACAGCGCCAUGCCGUGUGGCCCUGAACCCGUGCAUUCAAUCCUUCCAUGCAGCCCAACCCAACCCGACUACUGACCCAUCCAUCCAACCCAACCCAACCCAACUACUGACCCUUCCAUCUCACCCAACCCAACCACUGACCCUUCCAUCUAACCCAACCAUUGACCCGUCAGUCCAAAGAAAACCAACCUUCAAUUCUUCCAUCCAAUCCAACCAUCAGUCCUUCAUUCCAAACGAAACCAAUGUUCAACCCUUCCUCACAACCCAAAACACUGACCCUUCCAUCCAAACCCAACCACUGACCCUUCCAUCCAUCCAACCAACGAUGAAGGAGGAAUUCGGGCGCCUGAAGGAGGCCCUGGAGAAGUCGGAGGCGCGUCGGAAGGAGCUGGAGGAGAAGAUGGUCUCCAUGCUGCAGGAGAAGAACGACCUCCAGCUGCAAGUGCAGGCCGAGCAAGACAAUCUUGCCGACGCUGAGGAGCGCUGUGAUCAGUUGAUCAAGAACAAGAUCCAGCUGGAGGCCAAGGCGAAAGAGAUGUUGGAGAGGUUGGAGGAAGAGGAGGAGAUGAAUGCUGAGCUGACGGCCAAGAAGAGGAAGCUGGAGGAUGAGUGUUCGGAGCUCAAGAAGGACAUUGAUGACCUGGAGCUGUCGUUGGCCAAAGUGGAGAAGGAGAAACAUGCCACAGAGAACAAGGUCAAGAACCUCACAGAGGAGAUGGCCGGGCUGGAUGAGACCAUUGUCAAGUUGACCAAGGAGAAGAAGGCCCUUCAGGAGUCCCACCAGCAAACGCUGGAUGACCUGCAGGCUGAGGAAGACAAGGUCAACACCUUGACAAAGGCCAAAGUGAAGCUGGAGCAGCAAGUGGAUGAUCUUGAGAGCUCGCUGGAGCAGGAGAAGAAGAUCCGGAUGGACCUGGAACGAGCCAAGAGGAAACUGGAAGGGGACUUGAAGCUGGCCCAGGAGAGCAUCAUGGACCUGGAGAAUGACAAGCAGCAGCUGGAGGAGAGGCUGAAAAAGAAAGACUUUGAGCUCAAUGCACUCAACGCUCGAAUUGAGGACGAGCAAGCAAUUGCUGGCCAGCUUCAGAAGAAGCUCAAAGAGCUCCAGGCACGAAUCGAGGAACUGGAGGAGGAGCUGGAGGCGGAGCGGACGGGCCGGGCCAAAGUGGAGAAGCUGCGCUCGGAUCUGUCACGGGAGCUGGAGGAGAUCAGCGAGCGGCUGGAGGAGGCGGGUGGUGCCACCUCAGUGCAGCUCGAGCUCAACAAGAAGCGGGAGGCCGAGUUCCAGAAGCUGCGGCGCGACCUGGAGGAGGCGACGCUGCAGCACGAGGCCACGGCUGCGGCCCUGCGCAAGAAGCACGCCGACAGCGUGGCUGAGCUGAGCGAGCAGCUCGACAACCUGCAGCGCGUCAAGCAGAAGCUGGAGAAGGAGAAGAGCGAGCUGAAGCUGGAGCUGGAUGACGUCAGCUCCAACAUGGAGCAGCUCAUCAAGGCCAAGGCCAACCUGGAGAAGAUGUGCCGCACCACGGAGGACCAGAUGAACGAACACCGCAGCAAGUCGGAGGAGGCACAGCGCAUGGUCGUUGACCUCAGCACCCAGCGAGCCAAGCUCCAGACGGAGAACGGUGAGCUCUCGAGGCAGCUGGAGGAGAAGGAAGCCUUCAUCAACCAGCUGAUGCGCGGGAAACUCACCUACACCCAGCAGCUGGAGGACCUGAAGAGGCAGCUGGAGGAGGAGGCCAAGGCAUGGAGGGCUUCGGAGGGCUGGUUUGGGGGGGAGUCCCGGUCCCUCAGUACUGAGCUCUUCAAGCUGAAGAACGCCUAUGAGGAAUCGCUGGAGCACCUGGAGACCUUCAAGAGGGAGAACAAGAACCUCCAAGAGGAGAUCUCGGACCUGACGGAGCAGCUGGGAGCCAGCCACAAGACCAUCCAUGAGCUGGAGAAGGUCCACAAGCAGCUGGACGCUGAGAAGCUGGAGCUGCAAGCGGCGCUGGAGGAGGCUGAGGCGUCCCUGGAGCAUGAGGAGGGGAAGAUCCUGAGGGCCCAGCUGGAGUUCAACCAAGUGAAGGCAGACUACGAGCGCAAGCUGGCGGAGAAGGAGGAGGAGAUGGAGCAGGCCAAGCGCAACCACCUGCGGGUCGUGGACUCGCUGCAGACGUCGCUGGAUGCCGAGACGCGGAGCCGCAACGAAGCGCUGAGGCUGAAGAAGAAGAUGGAGGGCGACCUCAAUGAGAUGGAGAUCCAGCUGAGCCACGCCAACCGCGUCGCAGCUGAGGCCCAGAAGCAAGUCAAGACGUUGCAGGGCUACCUCAAGGACGCCCAAUUACAGCUGGAUGACGCGUUGCGGGCUAACGAGGACCUGAAGGAGAACAUCGCCAUCGUGGAGCGGCGGAACAACCUCCUCCAGUCGGAGCUGGAGGAGCUGCGUGCAGCGCUGGAGCAGAGCGAGCGGGCUCGCAAGUUGGCUGAGCAGGAACUGAUCGAGGCCAGCGAGCGCGUCCAGCUCCUCCACUCCCAGAACACCAGUCUCAUCAACCAGAAGAAGAAGAUGGAGGCCGACAUCUCCCAGCUGCAGACGGAGGUGGAAGAAGCAAUCCAGGAGUGCCGGAACGCUGAGGAGAAGGCCAAGAAAGCCAUCACCGAUGCGGCCAUGAUGGCGGAGGAGCUGAAGAAGGAGCAGGACACGAGUGCCCACCUGGAGCGGAUGAAGAAGAACAUGGAGCAGACCAUCAAGGACCUGCAGCUGCGGCUGGAUGAGGCGGAGCAGUUGGCCCUCAAGGGUGGCAAGAAGCAGCUGCAGAAGCUGGAGGCGCGCGUGCGGGAGCUGGAGAACGAGCUGGAGGCGGAGCAGAAGCGCAACGCCGAGAGCGUCAAAGGGCUGCGCAAGUCGGAGCGGCGCGUCAAGGAGCUCAGCUACCAGGUGGGACAGCACGGCACAGCUGUGGGCAAAAGGGAAGAGGUGACGUGGAACGUUGCCCGCUUGAGACAGAGGGACACAGUGGGGCUGAGAAAGUGGCUGACCUGGUGGCUGCUGGGACGAGCGGCCUAGAACACGGUUGACCUGGUGGCUGUUGGGACAUGGGUGACACAAAACUUAGAUCUGGUGUCUGUAGGCACAUGGGAGACCUAGAGCACAAUUGACCUGGUGGCUGUAGGGACAUGGGGGACCUAGAACACAGCUGAACUGGUGGCUCUAGGGACUUGGGUGACAUAAAACAUAGACACGGUGGCUGUAGGGACAUGGGUGACACAAAACAUAGAUCUGGUGUCCGCAGGAACACAGGUAACCUAGAACACAGUUGACCUGGUGACUGUAAGGAUACAGGCAACACAAAACAUAGACCUGGUGGCCACAGGGACAUGGGUGACCUAGACCAAAUUUGAGCUGGUGGCUGUAGGGACAUAGGUGACCUAGAACACGGUUGACCCAGUGUCUGUAAGGACACAGGUAACACAAAACAUAGAUCUGGUGGCCACAGGGAUAUGGCUGACCUAGAACAUGGCUGACCUGGUGGCUGCAGGGACAAGGAUGACACAAAACAUAAACCUGGUGGCCACAGCAACAUGGGGGACCUAGAACAUGGCUGACCUGGUGGCUGCAGGGACAUGGGUGAUUUAGAAUAUGGCUGAACCAGUGUCUAUAAUGACACAGGUAACACAAAACAGACAUGGUGACCACAGGGACAUGGGUGACCUAGAACAUGGUUGACCUGGCGGCUGUAGGGCCACAGAUGACCUAGAACAUGAGUGACCAUGACCAUCUU